UCAAAAUAUCCCGUCAUCUACAACGGAAACCGCAUAAUUUAAGUAGCACCAUUGCGAAGAAUUGGAAAAUCAUAUUUGAUCCCAAAACGUACGCCAAAUUGAAAAUUUGUCCUAGGGAAAAUUGCAAUCAAGCAGUUGUAAGAAUGGAUCACCAUCUACGGGAUAAACACGCAGACACUCUGUCAUUUUCACAAUAUCAGACGUUUUGUAAAGAGUACAUCAAACCCGAAGAUUGGCUGCAGAGCAUUCAGCUCGAAAUAGACAAAGCAAGGACAGGACAGAUCAUGCAGAACACGGAUACCACGACAUCCACAUCAGCCAAGCCCUCAGUCCUACCAAUGGCAACAUCCACGGCCGCUAUGACUUCUACAUCAGCCAAUACCUUAGCCCUACCAAUGGCAACAGCCAAGGCCGCUAUGACAUCCACAUCAGCUAAGACCUCAGCCCUACCAAUGGCAACAUCCACGGCCGCUAUGACAUCCACAUCAGCCAAGCCCUCAGCCCUACCAAUGGCAACAUCCACGGCCGCUACGAAAUCCACAUCAGCCAUGACCUCAACCCUAGCAGUGGUAGCAGCCAAGGCCGCUACGAUAUCAGCCGAACCCCAAUCAGAAUUCAGUGACGAAGACGAAAUACACCAACUUGGGUUGGAAAUUGAAAGAGAUGUCAAAUGGGAUAAAAAAACACGAAAGAACCCACAUCUCUCGUUAUUUUUAUCUUACUUAAUCUUUGAUUUGUGCAAACAUAAAGCUCUUGCGGAAAAUUAUGUGUCCAUCGUAACAAAUGCAUGGCAAGUGUCUGAUAGCACGUUCACUGACGUGACAACGCUAACAAAGAGAUCAGUUGUCCGACAGUUUUACCGAAGCAUGCGCGAGAAAGGAAGUAGACCCGGAACAAUAAAAAGCUACCUUCUUGCAAUUCGCAUAUUUAUAAGAUUCCUGGUCGUUAGAAGUGUUGUGCGGGAAAAAAAGCAAGUUCAAGAAGCCCUGCUAACUGUCGAGAUGCUUUCACUAUGGUUUCAGGCACUCCGAAAAAUGGUCGGUCAAAGAACAGCUGAGCUUCAAGUUCUUGAAGAGCAACGCCUGCUAACUCUGAAGCAAAUUCAAGGAUUCCUCAACUCCAAAUAUGCGAAAGACGUGGUAUCAGAGCUCCUUCACAAUGACGAAUCUAUUGGACCACAACAAUUCUGUGACUGCAGAAAUUUCAUCGCUGCUGUAAUGCAAGUCCGAACGGGUGUACGCUCCGGUCCAUUUGCAAGUAUGGUUGUAGACGACAUCAAACGUGCAAACUUCGGCCGCGACGACAUGUACACCAUAACCAUUCCAAAGCAUAAGACUGCCCAUGUAUACGGCGCCCAGCACAUCUGUGUAAACAAGGAAACUUUCCAAUGGCUCUUGAAAUUCCUGGAAAUGCGAGAAAAGUUUUUGCCGCAACCAUGUCAUGAAUAUGUUUUCACUAGCACGACAGGCCGGCCUGCAACAUCAAGCCAAAUUUCAGCGUUUUUCAACUCCGCAUGGCAAAAGUCGGGAGUGCUAAACGAGUCCCAGCCAAGAUUGAAUGCUACUAGAGUACGCAAAGCACUAGUUACAAUUCAAAGAGAGAUGAUGCCCGGUGAAGAAGAUAAUUUGGCUACUGCAAUGGCCCACUCCAGAAGGGUUCAGGACACUCACUACAACGUUCGUAAGACUCGACAGCAAGUAUUGCAAGUCUCCAAAAAAUACAACGACCUACUGGAUGAGGUGUCCGAAUGUGAACCAUCCGAAUGUGAACCAACCGAAAGUGAAAGUAUUACAACUAGCCAGCAAGUAUUUCAAGAAACGGACAGAAAAAAUGUUUUUUCAAGAAGAAGGCUUUAUACUGCUGAGGAAGAGGAACACAUUUGCCAGGCUUUUGCAGACGAAAUUGCUGGAAAGGCAAGUCUAAAAUUAAAGACUGCAAAAAUGCGCUUGAGGAAUUGGAAAAGCUUAAGAGACUUGACAUCGGAUCAAAUCGUCAACAAAGUGAAGUCUCUGCGGAAGCUUAGAGUAAAGAAACUUAAGAAUCACGGCCGCCAACUGAUUCCAGAAGUGUCUACAGCAGGAUCGUUACAAUUAGAGGAAGCGCAGACUUUCAAAACAACAGCAGAAACGACAAAGGCGGUAGAGGAGUCGCAGAUGGUUACCGACGAAACGAAGGCAACGCGAGAAAAAGAGUCCGAGAUGGUCCUUGAAACAAACACGACAGAAGAAUCCGAUACGGUCCUUGAAACGAACAUGACAGAAGAGUCCGAGAUGGUUUUCCAACAAACAUCUCAUUCUGCAAAUAAUUCAAACAAGAGGAAGCUGAAGCGGAAAGGCGUCGCAUCAAAAAAAUGCAAGUCUCUUCGAAAGAACAAAUUGAGGAAAACCGAAUCCAAAGAGUCUGAGACGGUAUUCACUGUGGAACGUAUUGUCGAAAAAAAACGCAUAGGAGGUAAAAUAAAAUACCUUGUGAAAUGGGAAGGUUACUCGGCGAAAUACAACACUUGGGAACUUGAAGAAAACAUUCUAGAUAAAGACCUUUUGACAUCCGACCAAAUCGUCAACAACGUGAAGUCUCUGCGGAAGCAAAGAGUAAAGAAACUGAAGAAUCACGGCCGGCAACUGCCUCAGGAAAAAGUGUCUACAGCAGGAUCGUUGGAUUUUGAGGAAGCACAGACUUUCAAAACAACGGCAGAAACGACAAAGGCGGUAGAGGAGUCGCAGAUGGUUACCGACGAAACGAAGGCAACGCGAGAAGAGUCCGAGACGGUCUUUGAAACGAAGAUGACAGAAGAUUCGGAGAUGGUUCUUGAAACGAACAUGACAGAAAAGUCCGAGAUGCCGGUUAUCGAAACGAACAUGACAGAAGAGUCCGAGAUGGACCUUGAAACGAACAUGACAGAAGAUUCGGAGAUGGUUCUUGAAACGAACAUGACAGAAGAGUCCGAGAUGGUCCUCGAAACGAACAUGACAGAAAAGUCGGAGAUGGUCCUUGAAACGAAUAUGACAGAAGAGUCCGAGAUGGUUUUCCAACAAACAUCUCAUUCUGCAAAUAAUUCAAACAAGAGAAAACUGAAGCGGAAAGACGUCGCAUCAAAAAAAUGCAAGUCUCUUCGAAAGAACAAAUUGAGGCAAACCGAAUCCAAAGAGUCUGAGAUGGUCUUGUCAUCCGAUCAAAUCGUCAACAACGUGAAGUCUCUGCGGAAGCUUAGAGUAAAGAAGCUCAAGAAUCACGGCCGCCAACUGACUCCAGAAAAAGUGUCUACAGCAGCAUCGUUAGAAUUAGAGGAAGCGCAGACUUUCAAAACAACAGCAGAAACGACAAAGGCGGUAGAGGAGUCGCAGAUGGUUACCGACGAAACGAAGGCAACACGAGAAGAAGAGUCCGAGAUGGUCCUUGAAACGAACAUGACAGAAGAGUCCGAGAUGCCGGUUCUCGAAACGAACAUGACAGAAGAUUCGGAGAUGGUUCUUGAAACGAACAUGACAGAAGAGUCCGAGAUGGUCCUUGAAACGAACAUGACAGAAAAGUCGGAGAUGGUCCUUGAAACGAAUAUGACAGAAGAGUCCGAGAUGCCGGUUCUCGAAACGAACAUGACAGAAGAUUCGGAGAUGGUUCUUGAAACGAACAUGACAGAAGAGUCCGAGAUGGUCCUUGAAACGAACAUGACAGAAAAGUCGGAGAUGGUCCUUGAAACGAAUAUGACAGAAGAGUCCGAGAUGCCGGUUCUCGAAACGAACAUGACAGAAGAUUCGGAGAUGGUUCUUGAAACGAACAUGACAGAAGAGUCCGAGAUGGUCCUUGAAACGAACAUGACAGAAAAGUCGGAGAUGGUCCUUGAAACGAAUAUGACAGAAGAGUCCGAGAUGCCGGUUCUCGAAACGAACAUGACAGAAGAUUCGGAGAUGGUUCUUGAAACGAACAUGACAGAAGAGUCCGAGAUGGUCCUUGAAACGAACAUGACAGAAAAGUCGGAGAUGGUCCUUGAAACGAAUAUGACAGAAGAGUCCGAGAUGCCGGUUCUCGAAACGAACAUGACAGAAGAUUCGGAGAUGGUUCUUGAAACGAACAUGACAGAAGAGUCCGAGAUGGUCCUUGAAACGAACAUGACAGAAAAGUCGGAGAUGGUCCUUGAAACGAAUAUGACAGAAGAGUCCGAGAUGCCGGUUCUCGAAACGAACAUGACAGAAGAUUCGGAGAUGGUUCUUGAAACGAACAUGACAGAAGAGUCCGAGAUGGUCCUUGAAACGAACAUGACAGAAAAGUUGGAGAUGGUCCUUGAAACGAAUAUGACAGAAGAGUCCGAGAUGGUUUUCCAACAAACAUCUCAUUCUGCAAAUAAUUCAAACAAGAGGAAGCUGAAGCGGAAAGGCGUCGCAUCAAAAAAAUGCAAGUCUCUUCGAAAGAACAAGUUGAAGAAAACCGAAUCCAAAGAGUCUGAGACGGUAUUCACUGUGGAACGUAUUGUCGAAAAAAAACGCAUAGGAGGUAAAAUAAAGUACCUUGUGAAAUGGGAAGGUUACUCGGCGAAAUACAACACUUGGGAACCUGAAGAAAACAUUUUAGAUAAAGACCUUUUGUCCCUUAUCUAG